AUGAUCUCCAUCUGUGCUAACAGCCCGUCGGGCUGCCGUCAGCUGGCCACCGAUGCCCACUCAGCUCCUCAACAAGCCAUGCGACAGCCUCGUCAAUCACCUGACAAUCUCAACAACACCCAUCACUUUACGCCUAGAGUGCCCUUACGCGCGGCUUGCCAGUCUAUUCAGCAGGACGAUACAGAGAACGAACCGGACUUCACAAGGCAUUCCAAAUAUGGCGGCGACAUUACCAGUGCCGAGCUUGGCGAUGUCAUGAAGUCCUUGGGUCUCAACCCAACGGAGUCAGAGCUCAAGGACAUGAUUGACGAAGCAGAUGUUGACGGAAACGGGGCCAUUGAUUUCGAAGAAUUCCUCAAGCUGAUGUCGCAGAAGACUGCGGCGUCCAACCUCGAGAGCGAACUCCGCGAGGCGUUCCGCGUCUUUGAUGCCGACGGCAGUGGCACCAUCUCGACAGCGGAACUCCGCCAGGUAUUGAUCUCGCUGGGAGAGAACCUGACCGAAAAGGAAGUUGACGAGAUGAUGUCGCUGGCCGAUAAGGAUGGCAAUGGUACCAUCGACUUCGAAGAAUUCUAUGACCUUAUGACCGCGAAAUAA